GGGCGGAGGAGACCGAGCGUCUCAUCGGGGAGCUCCUGGAGACCUUCAUCGAUGCCACAGACACCCUGGGUGUCCGGCUCCUGGACCGUGACKGAAUGCAGGCCAUCUGGCAGACCCAGAGACGUCACCUGGUCUGUAUUCAGGACCCCCCUGGUGUAAGCAUCUACACCAACAAGGGCAAGGACGUGACCAAGGGAGGGGUCAUCCUGCCUGUGUUGCGCUGCGCCCGUGGUUCAACCUCCCUGGAGUCUUUCCACCUCCACCUCAACCGCUUCAUUCCUGGAACAAGUGCGUCUGCCGAGCACUUUCAGGCCUACCUCCUUGAAGGGUUGGUUCGGUGGAACGAGGACCGUGCCGAAGCUGCAGCGGAGGGGGGGGGACAGAAGCAGACCCUGCACUGCUAUGAUGGUGUAGCCCAGCACGCCAUCAAUGAGCUGAGCCAGAAGCUCCUGGGCCGCAGCCUUGUGAAGGAUCACACAAGGCCUGCAAAGUACACUGGGGAACUCAUUGGGGUCGAGUAUCUCUUCUCCCAGAGCCAUGGUGACCAGAGGUUGGAGUCCAACCUCGGUAAGGACCCGGAUGUCCCAGACGGGACACCUGACCUACCUGAGGGAGGAGAGGUAGAGGAGGAUGGAGAGGAGGAUGACCUGAGAGAGCUUGAGGAGGAGGAUGACCCCACCAUGUCCUUGCCCGACCUCGAUGACCAUCUCCCACCAGUCCCUCCACUCAGGAAGGCCGCUCCACCGCCCACUCAACCCAACCCAUCCCAGGUACCUGUCGUCACACCCCCUGAUGACACUGUGGAGGAGAUGGACACUGCACCAGCUGCCAGUCAGGACCCGGAGGAUGACGAGUACAUAGGACCUGAUGGGGUUAGUGGAUACCAGCACGUGGUCCUCCUGGCCAAGAGUCUGCUGAGGCUGCUGGAGGGGCCAUGGAUCUCUAAUAGGCAAAUAGAGGAGAUCAUGGCUCUCUGGGGAAACCUUCCGGAGAGAGACAAGGCGGCAGUCUCCUACCCCGAGAGGUUCCGGGACCGAGUCCUGCAGGGGCGCUUUAAAAAUUCCAAGAACUCGAGCGUGAAGGGGGAAGAGAGUAUGAAGCGCUCCCUGCUUGGCCAAGGCUCUGGACCUGCUCAGUGGCCCAACACCAGCAGGACAGUGGAGGCCAUUUUUGUGGAGCUGUGCCACAAACACCCUGCUGGCAAGACGGUUCUUGGUAACCGGGUCAACAGGUGGGCUGCUAUCCUGGGGGACUACAGGAGAAUCAGGACCAUGGUGCUGGGCAGCCCAAACCUCAAUACCCACACAAGGCUGCAACUGUUCCAGGUCAACAAGCUGACCUUGACACAGUGGUACAACAAACGGAUAUCCUCUAUGGAGAGAGUGGCCCUGCACCAGAACCGGGACAGCAUGACUGCAGAGAGGGAGGAGUCAGGCCCCUUCCACGCUGCAGUCUGGAGCACUUCACCGCUGCCAGCCCCAUCAACCAGCAGCACCUACCAGCUGCCAGAGGACAGAACGGGGCAGGCUACACAGCYUGGCAGAGCAGACACUUGUCAGCCACUGCRACCUCUACCGCAACCCAGUCUGCCUACCACRUCCCUCCCUAUAACGCCKGMCUCCCAAGACCUGCCCUCGACCUCCACUCCUCUUCCCCCUCCUCCUGCUGGUGGACCCAAGGUCUCCAGGACKACUGAAUGGAGAAGGAAGAAGAAGCUGGAGUCUGGCAUUAAAGUCAGAGCGCACAAGCCAUACGAAGGCUAUAAGUGCUCGAAAUGUGGCAAGCCGAAAACUGCAGAGUUUGGACACAGUAUGUAUGAUUCUGUGAGAUUCUGUGCCGCUUCCUCUGGUGGCCAAACUGUGGAGGAGUGGCUGGCACUCAUGAGGGCCCAGCAUGGUGCUAGCAAAGGCCAGUAAACUCUGACUGACUGACUGACUGGUGUGUCAAUUGUAAAGUAGUUUUUGUAGAUGU